AUGGAUAGCGAUGAGUAUAAAAAAGAAGUUGAAGCAAAUGUAAAGGCAGAAAAACUUUUACAGUUGCAAAACCAAACCGUACAGUAUGAAAACUUAGCACAAGAAAGUAAAAAUAACGACGCAGCCAUGCAAAAGGCAAUGAAAAGCGCAGAAUAUAUAAAAGCUAAUAAUGACUGGUUAGAUGCCCAAGCCAACGCUAAAGCAGCCCAACUUAUAGGGUCAAUAAGGACAAAAAUACAAGCGGAUGAAGACAGUUCAAAUGAAGCUUUAAUGAAUGCUGACUUUAAGAAUGCCUUCGAAGCUCUUCAUAGUAAGGUGAAACUAGUGAACGACUUCUCAUCUGGAAAGAAACUGAAGUCUGAAGGUUUCGACAACGAGUUAAGAGAAGUAGCACAAAAUAUGACGAAAAUAACAGAUGCAGCAACGAGACAGGCAGUUCAAAGUGCCUAUGACGCCGUUAGAGCAACUGUUGUGGAAAGUCAAGAAAAAGAGUUACAACAGACCAAAACAGACCUAGUAAAUGCUUUCUUAAAAACGAAAAGUCAGGUAGGACAUUAUGCUGCAGAUGGAACAUAUGUGCCAGCUGGUGGAACUUAUAUACCACCAAACCCUCCAAGAGAAGCACCUGCACCAGGACUACCUAUAACAUUUACAUCGUCACAUGGACACAGACACAGGCAUGCACCAAAACCAACACAACAACCAACAGUUCAAAAUCCAGCACCACAACAACAACCAAAACCAACAGUUCAAAACCCUGCACAACAACCAACAGUUCAAAAUCCAGCACCACAACAACCACAAACAGAGCAAGGACAUAAAAGAAGUAGAGAACAAGGAAACCAAGAAUUCUUAAAAAUGCUUAAGGAAGAUUAUGGUUACCCAGAUACUCUUGACUUUAGUGACAGAUAUAAAGAAGCUAUUAAAAAGUUCAAGGAAGGAAAUACUGACCCGAACCUAUUUAGCUUUAUGGUUCAGCACCAAAUGGGAUAUAAUCUCAAACCUGGAAAAUACAAGCUCGCUAAGGGAUAUGAUUUAAUAGCAUACCAUCCAAAUGACAUGGAUGAAUUUACUCCGAGAUAUUUGGUGUCAGAGCUAAAUGAUAAUUCAACUCUCUUCAUGAAACGCGUAAAAAAUAGAGACGGAACGAAAGAAGAAAGGUUUAUGAGUCCGGAUGACUUAGAUAGGGAACUUGUUAAAAACGGUCUCGGAAUAUAUGAAAUGCCAGCAGAUGAGGUACAAGAAACUCCACAGGAAGAAGUUCAGAUACAACCAGACAUGGAAGAAAUAGUUCAGCAACAACAGCUAGAAGAGCCUGAAGGAAACGAACAAGUCCCUCCUUUGGAAACUAACUUCACAGAACUAGAUGAAGAUUUGGAACAGCCGAAAAAUCUUGACCCUCAACAAGUGUAUGCGGAGAAUAUGGAAUCUUUCCAAGAGUCUAAGAAAAAUUCGGCUGACAUGGUAGAAGAAUAUCGAAAAAUGUUCGCCGACAUACAAAAGACUCCAACAUCAGAUGAAAAUAUUCAGCAUAGAAUGGAAGUACUGAAAGAUAAUGUACGCAAAUACAAUAACCCUUUUUACUUACGACCAUAUAACGUCCAAUCUUUGGAUGAACUCG